AUUAGACUAAAAUCUCAAGAGCUGGAAGAAUGAAGGGAAUUACAACUGUUUUUGCUGUUACUUUGGUCAUCACUGCCAUAAAGGCAGAAGAAAGUCUAAAAGCAAAAAUAAUGAGAGUUUUUAAUACCUGUAAGGAAAAGAAUCCCAUUACAGAUGCUGAACUUUCAGCAUUUAGGAGUGCAGAUAUAGGUUUUGGUUAUUCACAUGAUGCAAAGUGUAUGCUGUCAUGUAUGCUUGAAGAAGGAAAAAUGCUUAAAGAUGGAAAAUAUUUGAAAGAUAAUGCCUUAAUAAUGGCCGAUGUUUUUCACAUGGAUGAUUUUGAUGAAGCAGCCAAAGCCAGAAAAGUAAUUGAAAAUUGUGCAACAGAAGUUCCUGAAGUUGGCCCUGACCAAUGUGAAUUUGCUUACAAAAUGGCUGUAUGUGGAGCAAAUGAAGCUAAAAAACUUGGAAUGAAGGAGCACGAUUUUUUUGAAUAAACAAUAAUAAUGGAAGCAACUGUUACAAUGAUAAAAUCUACUGAAGAUAGAUUUCCGCUUCAAUUGUUAUAAUGUUGUGUUAUAAACUUAAUAAAGCAUUUCUACUUUCAAUAACAAUAAAAAGAAAUCAUAUGAUAAAUUAAAAAACCUACAAGAAGAUGUUAAAAUAUUUGUUAUCGUAAAAUAUAAUGAUUUUUUAAAGUUGAUACGUAUA